AUGCGAGGCAACCACCUCCUGCCAUUGGAUAUAGCCAAGAUUCAUCACACCAACGACUCCGUCUUAGCCCACCACGGCUUGCCGCCCAUGGAUACCGAUCCGGCUCAGGGACUUCUCCCGGGGAUAAACCGAACCUUCCUCGCCCUGUGCGAUGUGUACGGUCUUCAGGCGGGCACGUUCAAGGCGAAGCAGGCGCUGUUUGGCACCGUGUUACCGGGCUAUUUUGUCACCAACUGCCUGAUGGACACGAUGAAACAUUACUUCGCCCAAAGCAACAUCACCAAGGCGUCCCAGGUACUCGCCAUGGGCUAUCUGGGCUACAACCAAGUGGGCAACGGCGACACCUUUGUCGCCCUUCUCUUCACUAUUCUGGGAGCAUGUGCGCUGGCGUGGAUGCUUACGUUGUUGCUUGUGUUGUCUCCUCCACAAAAGCGGAAACCGUUGAUCGCCCAGGUGGCGACGUUGUUCUUCGCUAUCACCAUGACCAUCUUAGUGUGCCGGGUAACGGAUGGCGCCUCCAGAGAAUACUAUCAGGAUCGGCUUGAUAUGUACCAGAUACACCAGGUGUUGUAUAAUAAUACUGCCUACCGAAUAUGUAUCACUAUAUCUCAAUUCAUCACCGAGAUUGCUUACUUGGAGAUCAUGACAGUGCUCCUCCCGCGGAUGGCUCGGUUCCCCAUUCUCAUAUUUAUGGUGGCUGUUGUCCUUGCUCGAUUAGCGGUGCUGAUCGUGUACGAGGCUCGCUUUGAUAACUCUCAGCUGGUCUUCAUUACUCAUGUUGGUAGUACUGCUGAAACGUUUAAAAUUGUCCGCGUGGUACUUAUGGUGGUGAUCAUCAUGGGCUUUUGGGGGCUGCUAUUGUACUAUACGUGGAGGACUAAAUCUCCCCGUAAGGUAUCGUAUUGCCGCAAAUUACUUCCCCUCGGGCUCUUUAUCAACGUGAUUUUUGGUACCCAUGUGGUGCUUCUGUUGUUGACUGUCACCUUAUUCCGCGAGAAAUGGCUUCCGCUUACCUGGCUUGUCUUCCUCCCGUACCUUAUUGAGGUGGUUUUGAUCACCAUGGUAUGGGAAUGGAUAUUCAACAUUGCGUUAGUGGAAAAACGUAAUGAGCUUAUCGGCGUGCUUGGUCGUCGUAUUCUGGUCGACGAUGCCGUGUCCCUUUCGCUGAAUAUCCAUCGCAAGCGCACGUAUUCCAUUUACAAGGACGGGAAGCUAUUUUUCAAGAAUGGCAUCUUUGGCAGCAAACAUAUCGUCACCAAAGACGAUAGCGACCACUCCAAGCUUCUGUCAAGCGACAAUGGCGUGGAAUUGGAUACCCUCCAACCCGGCGAUACCAGUUUUGAAGCUGCUACUACUACCGCUGCCACCACUGCCGUGGACACUGCUUCAGCCACGGUUCACCGUCAUCAAACGAUGGAAACGGAACCAGCACCACCCCAGCACCCAGUACCAGUGAACUUCACCUCUCAGUUUGCUGUAUUAAACCCUUCCUCAUCGGAUCAACUGCUGGAGGAGGCAAUUGCCAGCGAUCUGGAACACGAGGUGGUGAUUGGCGACUACUCCUACUUUGAUAGCGACACCGACGACUCUCUCUACGGUCCCGCUGACACCUCAAAUCACCGUUAG